AUGCUAUUUGUUUUCGGUCGCCAGCCUGCCGUUCUUCUUGUUUUGUUGAUAUUUCUAUCAAGAUGGUUUUCAACAAGGCAAACAUACGAAAAUAUCGACUAUGCAGGUAAUAUUGGCCAAGCCGAUUUUUCAACAGGAUCGAAGUUUGGACCCAUCGAUGCCGUUUACACUUGGGUCAAUGGAUCAGAUCCUAGAUGGAAAAGCGAGAGGGACUUUUGGUAUCAACGCUGGAUCCAAGAAUACGAUGGACCGGAUCGGAAUAUCCAAAAAAGGGAGAAAAGUGGCUCUGAAGAUGAUGAGGGUGCUGCCUCUGAGAAUCAUUUUCGAGACAACGACGAGCUCCGAUAUUCCGUUCGCUCCCUAGAAAAGUUUGCACCGUGGAUUCGUCAGAUACAUCUCGUGACGAACGGCCAGAUUCCCACCUGGUUAGAUUCGGACAAUCCUCGAAUCAACAUUGUCAGCCACUCGGAAAUUUUUGAAAAUUCCUCACAUUUGCCGGUUUUCUCUUCCUCUUCUAUUGAAAGUAAUCUGGACAGAAUUCCAGGUCUCAGUGAUAAUUUCCUCUACUUCAAUGACGAUGUUUUUCUUGCUGCGCCGAUCUCGCCAAGUGAUUAUAUAACACCAUCUGGUGUGCAAAUCAUAUAUCUGUCUCAUCCAGUUCCACUAGGUGAUGAUGCAUAUCCGGAGUAUUGGUCUGGGGGUAAUCUUCUUACUCCAGAUAGCACCGAACCAACAUCUGGGAGGCAGUUCGAUGACUACAGGCUUUUGGAUGAUGGGAACGGCGGAGUAAAAAUUGAGCAGCUAGUAGGGAAAGCAUUUGUCUCCUCGACAUGUGAACUGGAUGCAGUGAUCCUGCAGUCUUUGUUUGACGAAGUUUUUAGGAGCAAUCUUUCUCAGGGACAUGGCCACAUCAAUGCUACUUUGCUCUCAACCCACCAAAGUUUCACCUUAAACGACGUUGAGGCGUCGAACAUAACAAAAAGCAUUCCAGAGCUAGACACUAAGAGCCGGAUCAAAAUUGCCGCACUGUUAGAUGCAUUCUCGCAGUGCCCCAAUGACCAUGAUUUGGUUUCUGAUGCAAUCAGGUCUGUGAUAAAGGCAUUCAACGGUCGGUUUAGUCUAUCGAAACAUCUCCGGAGGGUCCCGUCUCACAUGCCUCAUAUGAUCAACAAGCAAGUCUUAACUGAGCUUAAAGGGAUAUUUCCACAAGAGUUUCAGCUAAACUCAGCACAUCGGUUUCGACACCCACGGGACCUACAGGUUGCCUUUGCCUACUUUAAUUAUCUCAUCAAUCGGCCCUAUUUUUUGUCUUCCACACUGUGUGGGUUGCGGGGCCAAUACCUUGACAGGGAUCGCGAUAGCUCCCUCGAAGAAAAUGAUAUUCGAACCCUCGAAAGCGUUCUGUAUGGAAACAUUUCACCAGUGGGCUUUCAUGGCUCUGUUCAAAUGUGUCUUCACAAUGGCACUGGGUUCACAAACCAACUACAAUUCCAGACCGAAGCAGGAAAGAUGACAGGCGUUUCUGUCAAAGACGUGGAGCGCUGCGUCGAUAUGUCAAAGUUGCGAUCACACUUUCAGAAGGAGAAGGGGUAUAGACUGAAGAUGGGAACCGAUGUGACCUUUCAUAUGUUGGGAGACGACUACCAGACCACUAUGGACCAAUUCCAGUCGACAAAAGACCGACGAACAAAAUUUAUUUGUCUCAAUGACGACAUGAAAAGCCCAUCAAUUGAAGUGAGACUCGCUUUUAGGCAGCUACUCGAAGACAUGUGGCCAGUGCCUUCAACCUUCGAGUUGCAGACCAGAUCAUAA